UGCCCGAAAAAAGGUGAAACAAAUGAGGUUUUAGUGUCUAUGUGGAUCAUAGAGGACUCACGGUUCCAAGACAAUAGCCAGAUUCCUUGUUUGUAGGGGUCAACGGCCCGUUCUCGGAGGCGCUCGCACCGAAACGAACGAAAAAGUCAUCAGUCGCGCAGGUCUUCCCUUGAGACGCAGUUGCAGUUUCCUCGCGAGAAAAUCCCAAAUAUUCGCCAGGCCGCGAGGAGUCAUCGCCCCACGCCUUCCCCGAUGCCACGAUGAAGUACGGCAUCGAAGUUUCCCCCGACGAGACUCCACCCAAGGGGCGCGAGGAGGGCGAGAUGAGGGCAGAGAGGAGGCAGCCCGAGGGCGAGGCGGCCCCGAGGGCGAGUCCAGCGCAGUCCCGACGCCCAGGGAGGAAGCCCGACGAGGCCGCCGAUGCCGUCGUCUUCUCCAUCCAGUUCUACGGCAAGGCCAUCGGGGAGGUCGGCCUCAUGGACCAGGACCUGUCGGAGCUGGACUGGAAGAAGUUCAAGUCGUAUCUCUUUCAGAAUCUCCUAAGUAUAAACCAGCAAGACAAUAUCUGUGUGAGUUACAGCGAUGAGGAAGGAGACAAGCUUCCAAUUGAAUCGGACGAGGAGUACAGGGAGGCUCUGAAGGUGGCAAAGAAGAAAGCCGAGAUGCACGACAAGAUGGUGCUGGACAUCACGCGCCAGGGGGGCCUCCCCACGGUGCUGUCCUUCGUCUCCUCAGGGAUCAAGAAGGUGGGGUCGUCUCCCCCCAAGGAGAGGGGGAUGUCCUUCUUCAAGGCCUCGUCUCCCCCCAAGGAGUCUGGCGGAUUCAUGACCAAGGACUGGAAGCCGUUCCCUCCCUUCUUCAUGCCAGACAAAGUAUCUGUGCCCGUAGGUCCAAUCCCAGGUCAUGUCCAGGGUAUGUGGGGUUAUGACUGUGAUGAGGCCUUGGAGUGUGAUAAGCCCCAUCACACCACCACAACAGCCACUACCACAACCACAACAACCACUACCACGGCCAUGUCCCCACCCCGCACUGACUGCAAGAAGGGCCCGCCAGUCCGAUCUCUCCGCAACUCUCCUCCCAAUUUGCUAUUCAAGUUUGAGGCCCCCUCUCCUAACAUUAAGAGUGAGCCCCCUCACUCCACCACCACCAGUCAGGCUGUCUUUGGUGCAGGUACUGGCGGAUCUGCUGGUGGUGGGGCAAGGUCCAAAGUGCCACAGGAGGCGACACAGCGGCCCGAACAGCCACCUGCUUGGUUCAUCACCUACAUGGAGAAGUUCCGCAAAGAGAUCUGCGAGGAAGUGAGUGAGUGCGUGAUGGAGAAGGUCUCGGGCAUGAUCAAGGAGAUGAAGUUUCCCUCCACCUCAGGGUCUGAGACGGAAGUCGAACAUCAAAUUGCAAAAGGGAAUGCAAAGCUGCAAAAUGAAGCUGCCAGUAAGAACCCGCAGAAGGCCAAAGCAUGCCAGCGCGCACGGGAUGGGAAAAACGAAGAUAUCAAAGGCAAGAAGAAAAAGGUGAAGGCUGGAGAAAAUGAUGUAGGGGCAAAGCGCAAGAAGUUGGCCAAAGAGGAAGAGAGGCUCAUGAAGAAGCAGGAGAAAAUGGAAAAGAAGAAACUGAUGUGCAAAUAUGUUGAUGAGAUGGACAAAGCCAGUCGCACUCAGGAGAAGGUUUUGGCAAAGAUGGAAGGUCUGCGCAAAAAACAGUCCUGCUCCCCAGAGGAACUCAAUAAGCUCAGAAAAAUGGUUGACAAGCAGCAUAGGGUUAUCACAGCUGAGCAGCGACAGCAACGCAGAAACGACCGAAAGGCAGGAAACCAGAAGGCAGGCAAAUCAAAGAAAUUCAAUAUCGACAAUAAGGGAUUCCCUGUAGAUGCAUCACUGUUGCAUGCUGCCCUACAGGAGCUGGAAGCCUUGGCUGAAGACUCGCCCAACGAGGGCACAGCUGGCAUCAGCACAAGGGGUUACGAUGCCCUCUACCUGCACGACGUGACCUAUCCUGAUGGCUCCGAGGUGGCUCCUGGGACAGAGUUUGUCAAGACGUGGAGGGUCGCUAAUACUGGGGUGGAGCCCUGGAAUGAGAAGACAACGUUGUGCAAGUGGAGCCAAGUGCGCUUCCGUGGCUCUCCCGCUGGCUGGAAGCUGAAGCCGUCCUCCAAGAAGGUGGUGUGCCCCCCCCUGGAGCCUGGCCAGGAAGGCGACAUUUCCAUCACCUUCACAGCACCAAGUGAGCCAGGUUGGUAUGCUACUCACUGGAGGUUCUGUCAGCGAGGUCGUGUUUUCGGGAACCAGAUGUGGUGUGCUAUUUACGUGGCAGACCGAAAUGUGCGUGAGAAACUGGAGCCUGUUCAGGGUGAAGAUGUUGCAUCUGCUGUGAGGCUCAUGCUCUCGGUGACUCCAAAACAAUGUCCGUCAAAGGCCAGUGCUGGGAGUGAGGAGACUGUCUGUGAUAAAGAGGAGGAAGAGGAGGAGGACGAGGAAGAGGAAGAAGAAGAGGAAGAGGGAGCCAAGGCACUUAGGAGUAGCCAGACCAAGGGCGACCUUGAGGGCGGCAUUGUAGAGAACUACUAUGAUGCAGAGGAUCCGUUUGAGAAGGAGCUGAGAAAGAACCUGAAGAGCUUGAGCCUUUGCACCAGUGUGAAAGCCGAGGGUGUGGAAGUACGCCGGGCAGAGCGGGAUCUCAUCUCCUUUGAGGAAGAGGCGGAGGUGGUCUCUUCAGGAACCACGACACCGGAGAUGAUCCAGGAUGUUCCUCAGACGCAUGCUGUGGUACCGCUCAAGGAAAUGGCCAAAGAAUCCGUGGAGUCCCUGAGGGAGUCAAUGGUGGGAAAAGACCAAGAAUCGGGAAAGAAGGAGUCGUGCAGACCCAAAGUCUUUCAGGCUGACACUCUGAGCAUCUCUAGUGGGUCCUUCUCUGAAUUAGAUUCUGAGGAUCAAGCCAUCUUGAAUGAGUCUGACACGGAAUACUCGGACAAUGAGUAUUGUCUUGUAAAUCUGCCCGAGUGCUUCAAUGUUCCCUCGCCAUACAAUGGUCUUGCUGAAUCAGUUGUGCAAGAUAUGCAUGAUGUAGACCGACCAGACUCGCCAGAUUUCCUAACGGCAGAUGAAGAUGACCGAACAACUGCCGUAGCCUCAGACUUGCAGGAUGACCAGGCUGAAUCAGUGGAAGGUUCUGGAGGAUCGUCAAAUAAUUCUACUACUUCUCAGGGAAGCCAUUUGUCCACUGUAGUUGAGGUAUCUCAAGAAAAGGCCCAGACCCCACCGCAGGCAGAAUCAGGGAAGAAAAUGCCGAUGCCAGAGCCACCAACAGAUACAAAACCCUUCAUGGAAGUCCCUGCUGAAGCUUUGAGAGCCAACCUUGCUUACGCAGUUCAGCAGUCAUCAGGGAACAGAAACACUGAAGAAGGUGAACAGUCGAAAUCCAAAGACGACACCACCUGGUCACUGAGUGCACAAGCUGCACAAAGUGUUGUAUGCGAACAGCCUUCUUCCACCCAGCAUAAGGAUCACAGGCCACUCUCAAGAUGUAUAGAUGGCAAGGCAGCUGCCAUUGCUGCUGGAGGGACAGACUUGCCUUUGGAUCUUGUUGGUGCACUGCCUGAUGAAUUGGUCAGCAUCAUCCCAGAGGAUUUGGUGCGUGGGGCAUGGAACACUGCCCGCUCCUUCAUCACACGAAUCAACCAGGAAAUGCUAUCACCAACUGGAACCGAUUCUCCUGAUCAAGUCUACGCUUCGGAAGAGAGCUCAGCCCCCAAGUCAGAGCCAAAAGAAACAACCCAGAAAGAGGAACCCGUUCGGAAAGAGGAAUCUCCCACUGAGAGACGGACUUCACCCUUGCCGCCCCCUAUGCAGCAGCUUGAAGACAUGGGCUUUGGCAACCGAGAAGUGAACCAACGCCUUCUCACAAAGUACAAUAAUGAUGUUUCAUGUGCUGUGGCUGAACUCAUAGUUCUCAAUUGUCAGUAAACAAAAAAAUAUUUAAAUAAUUUCAUCAUCGCUUGUUACCUACUGGCUGUCACUCUGAUAGAUGGAAUGUAUGUUCAUGAAUAAUUUAUCUUGAAUAUGAAGAAAGAUGAUGUAGUGUUAAUUGUGAUAGGAAAUAAACAAGUUUAAUGUUUAGUCAAGAAACGUUGAUACAUUUAGUUAUUAUGAUUGUCGUAUUAAAUAUUAGGCGCGCAGGAAUGCUUUCUCAGAAGAUUGGAGUUUACACAUAAUAUGGUGGGACCAUGCUUGUGUAUUUGUGUUUUAUGUUACUUAUAUGUUAACAGAUGUAUCUAAGGGAAAAAUAUGGGAUGGGGGGGAAGGGGAAACGCCAAGAACAUCAUUUUAUUUGUAAAUAAAAUGAUCAUUCGUCCAGCACUUUCUCUUAUGUUGUUGGAGUAGCUUUAUUGAGUAAUCCUGAGCUUCUGGAAAUUUUUGAAUUGAUAUUCUUUGCAGUUGCUCUUCUGUUAAUCCAUUAUUGCUGGCCUUACUAAACACACAACUUGAAAAUUUACACUUGUCUUCAUAAGAGACUCCAGCACAAGGUUUAGUGGUAAAAUUUUGUAGUUUUUGAUGCACAACAUAGGGUAAUAGGCUGUAUGGGAAGCUUUUAUUUUCAUUAUUGAUAUUGUUAUUAUUAUUAUUGUCAGUAUUCUUAUUGUUAUUAUAAUUAUUGUUGUUAUUAUUAUUAUUGUUAUUAUUAUUAUUAUUAUUAUUAUUAUUAUUAUUAUUUUUAUUUUUAUUAUCAUCAUCAUUAUUAUCAUUAUUAUUAAUUAUUGCUAUAACUCUUGCUAUUGUUAGUACCAUUACUGUUGCUAUUACUAUUACCAUUACUGUUAUUAUU